CAUCGCUUACGGCAUUUCUUAUCAUAUAUAGUUCACACUGUGAUAAAAGCUCGAGCUGUGCGUAAUAUAUAACGUGAACAGCGUGUAAAUCAUAGUACAGUACCGAUUCGAUUGUCGAGAGGUGUGAAGGCAUUUCUUUGUUUUAUACAUAUUAGUUAUCGUAAUGCUGCGUUAUGCCCUCGUCUUCGUAUGUAUUCGUUCGAUAUGGGGUUUCGGGUAUCAUGUGAAUAUAGUAAAACCUGGACCCCUGUAUCCUCCGACAAAGGGUGAAGUUUGGCCAAAGCCACAGAAUGAGAGAAAGGAGCCUAUUUAUUAUUCAUUUGAUCCUGGACAUUUUAAAGUCAAGGUUCAACAGGAAACUUGCGAUAUAUUAACAAAUGCUGUGGAACGAUAUAUAUAUAUUAUUAAAAAUAAGAGCGGUCUACACGCGCGAGAUAGGAAGCUUCGUGCUCACAGACGCACCGACGAUGUUUACAAGGGGAAGAUAAACCAGCUCAUGAUAACUCUGACGUCUCCCUGCGAGGAAUAUCCGCAUUUUGAUAUGAUUGAAAGCUACAAUCUAAGUGUUGCUGAUACAUCGCAGCUCACGAGUACCUCAAUAUGGGGAGUGUUGCGAGGCCUUGAGACAUUUUCACAACUAUUUUAUCUCUCCAAUGAUCGAAAUGAGCUGUAUAUCAAUAAAACGGAUAUAAUUGAUUUCCCUCGUUACAAACACCGGGGUAUCCUGUUGGAUACUUCCCGACAUUACGCUACCACAUCAACAAUUCUUAAACUGUUAGAAUCUAUAUCCAUUAAUAAAAUGAAUGUUUUUCACUGGCAUAUUGUUGAUGAUCAAAGUUUUCCUUAUCAGAGUGAGAAGUUUCCAGAAAUAAGUGAACGUGGUGCUUAUGAUUCUUCUAUGGUGUACACGAAAGAAGACAUCCUUAUGAUCAUAGAUUUUGCAAGAAAUCGUGGAAUACGGGUCAUCCCGGAAUUUGAUGUUCCCGGACACACUGCGUCCUGGGGCCUCGCAUACCCCGGUGUUCUAACGGAGUGUUACAACCAGCAACAGAUGGUGGGCCUCGGCCCCAUGGAUCCCACCAAAAAUAUAACUUACAAACUCCUCGCUGAUCUGUUCACUGAAGUACAGGAACUGUUCCCUGAGAGAUACUUCCACGUUGGCGGUGAUGAAGUCGAGUUAAACUGCUGGAGUUCAAAUCCACAUUUGAGAGACUAUAUGAAUAAGAACAACUUAAAAGUAUCGGAUCUUCAUUCUCUGUUCAUGAGGAACGUCAUUCCUCUGCUCUCCAACAACUCCAAAGUGAUUGUAUGGCAGGAAGUUUUUGACGAAAAAGUUCCUCUAUCAAUGGACACACUGGUGCAAGUGUGGAAGAACGGUUGGGUGACUGAGAUGAUCUCGGUGUUGAAAUCCGGACACAGCGUGUUGUUCUCGGCGGCGUGGUAUCUGGAUUCGUUGAACCAAAAGUGGACGGAUCUCUACAAACAGGAUCCUCGAGGGAUGGUGCUGGAUGCCACCGACAACAGCUCCCUGGCCGAGGGAGUGGUGGGCGGGGAGGCCUGUAUGUGGGGCGAGAUGAUUAAUGUCAGGAGUGUCAUGGCUAGGGUAUGGCCACGAGCCUGCGCCGUGGCUGAGCGUCUGUGGAGUUCUGUGGAAGGAUCGUACUACAUAGUGCCAGCGGAGGCCUACCACCGCAUCGAAGAACACACCUGCCGCAUGAUAAGACGAGGCAUCGACUCCGGCCCACCAUCCGGACCAGGGUUCUGUGUCGUAUAGUAGUGAUGUGACGUAUACUGUAAGAAAUAAAAUGUAUACGAUAAAA